AUGGGUGAGCUUGUAAAUGCUGCAAGAACAUUAGGUGAAACAGGAAAUUUUGUAGAUGGUUUUAAAAGACUUGUUUCAAAUGUUUUAACAAACACAAAGAAAUUAUUUAGAUAUACCGUACAUAACGGACGGAUUUUCGAACAGAUAGCAACAAACCCUCCGGUUAUGGCUGCGUUGAUGAUGGUUAGAGAUAUAAAACCACGUAACGACGGGAACGAAGAACAUGAACAACAGGAUACUGGUCGGGUUAUUCGAGACAUUAAAAACGUGUAUCCUGAAGUUAUUGAUUUAUUUAGAGGAGUUAAUGAUUCAAUUUCAAAACAUUCUAUAACCCUCGAUGAAGAGAAUAAAUUAACAGAUUAUAUAUUCGUCAUUAUUGCAGAAUUAAUGAAGAGAAUAAAUGAAAAAGGAAUUGGUGAUAUCAUUAAUGUCAGCGAUGUAAUGAUGAAAAGAAAUUUUGACUCAUUAUUUACAAAACCGAAAACAGAAUAUAGUCUUUAUGACGUAAUUACCGAAUUAAUGAAAAAGAUUAAUGAUAAUAAGAGUUCUGGCGGAAGAGUUGAAUUAGAAGUGAAUGAUGUUAAUGAGAAAUUAGCCGAAAAAGCAGACAAAAAUGAGCUUUUAGCUCUGAGUGAUAAAGUCAAGAACCAUGUUCAUUAUAUAACUUCAGACGAACAUAUUAUAACGGACUACCAUGGAUAUUUAACACAGGAUGAACAAAUAAGCACUGAAGAUGUUAAUGAAAGAAGAUAUAAAUACAUUCGUGCUAAAGGUUAUGACAUAAGCUGUACUGUACAGUAUGA